CCUGCCCAACGCCGAGCGCUACGCCCUGCAGUAUGCGGACGGGCGGCAGACCUACAUCACCGAGUCGAACCGCGGGGAGAUUAAGAACGGGAGCAUUUUACGGCUGACCACCUCCCCGGACCAAGAAGCAGAGAGGUUGUACAGCGGGAUCCAGAGCAACAACUCGGAUGUGAAGACUGACUCGCUGAAGAAGCUUGCGAGCCUCUCCCAAGACGUUACCUUUGCUCAGGAGUUCAUCAACAGGAAUGGCUUGAAACAAAUCUUUUAUAUUGUGGAAGAAGGGAACGAUACAGGGGAGAUGCUAGCUCAUACCCUGAAGGCCUUCAUGGAGCUGAUGGAGCAUGAUUUUGUUUCCUGGGAGACUCUUAGUGCAGCCUUCAUCAAGAAGAUAGUGAGUUACGUCAAUAUGAACGUGGUGGAUGCAUCUGUCCAGCAGCUCUCUUUGUCUAUCUUGGAGAACAUGGUACCCACCAGUCGCCUCCUCUUUGAGCUAGUCAGAAAAGAAGUGACGUUGGAUCGUCUUCUCACCCACCUGCAGGUGACAAACGCCCAGCUGCAGCUGAAGGCGAUGGCCCUGCUCAUUGCACUGCUGCUGGCUGCGACCGACGCUGAGCGGCGGGACAUGAUGGACUACCUGAGGGAGAAGAACAUCAGGCAGUUUAUCCACAAGAACAUCAUCCACAGCUCUGAGCCGCUGGGGGAUGAGAUGGCCCAUUACCUGUAUGUGCUGCAGUCCGUCAGCCUCAACCUGUGCGAGCGACGCAUGAGGACCUCCAUGGAUCCCUACUCACAGGAACAGCGGGAGCUCCUCCAGUCGCUGCGCCAAACCGCCUUUGAGUCGGAGAGCGAGGCAUCUGCCAGCAACUUCAGCACCGAGCGCCGGCGAUCCCUGUGUGCCAAGGAGUUCCGCAAGCUGGGCUUCAUGAACAACAGCAACCCAGCGGAGGACCUCCGCCGUGCCCCGCCGGGACUCCUUGCCCUCGACAACAUGGUGUAUUUCUCCAGGCACACCCCCAACGCCUACAGCAGGUUUGUCCUCGAGAACAGCAGCCGGGAAGACAAACACGAAUGCCCCUUCGCUCGAAGCAGCAUCCAGCUCACCCUGAUCCUCUGCGAGAUCCUGCACGUUGGAGAGCCGUGCUCGGAGACGGCUCAGGCCUUUUACCCUAUGUUCUUCGGGCAGGAUCAUUUCUUUGAAGAGCUCUUCUGCAUCUGCAUCCAGCUGGUGAACAAGACCUGGAAGGAGAUGCGCGCUACCCAGGAGGACUUUGACAAGGUGCGAGGGGAUGCUGGGGCCCCGGACGGGAGCUGGGGCCAUGGGCUGUGCACAAAUACAGGGGCUCCGGGGAGCGUCACCAGACUGGGGGUGACGUCCUGGGCCCCGCAGGUGCUGCAGGUGGUGCGGGAGCAGAUCACCAGGACCCUGUCGCUCAAGCCCACCUCCCUGGAGCUAUUCAAGACCAGAGUGAACGCGCUGAACUACAGCGAGAUCCUGAAGCUGCGGCAGACCGAGCGGCUGCACCAGGAGGAGACGCUGGCUGUGCCCGUGCUGGAGUUGCGCGAGAGGCUGAAGCCGGAGCUCCUGGAGCUGAUCCGACAGCAGCGCCUGCUGCACCUCUGCGAGGGCACCCUCUUCCGCAAGAUCAGCAGCCGCCGCAGGCAGGACAAGCUCUGGUACUGCCGCCUGUCACCCAACCACAAGGUGCUGCACUACGGGGACGUGGAGGAGGGGGUGCACUCUCCCCCCAUCGAGAGCCUGCCAGAGAAAAUUCCUGUGGCGGACAUGAAGAUGCUGCUUGUGGGGAAGGAGUGUCCGCACACGAAGGAGAAGAGCUCCGGGAAGCAGAACAAGGACGUCCUGGAGCUGGCCUUCUCCGUCGUGUACGACGUGGAGGAAUACUGCCUCAACUUCAUUGCCCCCACCCGGUACGAGUUCUGCCUCUGGACGGAUGGGCUGAACGUGCUCCUGGGCAAGGAGAUGACGAGCGAGCGAACGCAGACGGACCUCGAUGUCCUGCUGUCCAUGGAGCUCAAGCUGCGCCUCCUGGACCUGGAGAACAUCAGCAUCCCCGACACCCCCCCUCCCAUCCCCAAGCCCCCCAGCAACUUAAACUUCUGCUACGACUUCCGCCACGCAGAGCAGUGAGCUCCUCCCUGUGCCCUAUCCCCCUC